UGCCCACCUCUGUGCCACCCACCCAUGGAGGGGCAAUUCAGGAGGCUCCUGAGUUGUCCUGCAGGGCUGCUGGGUCUAAGGCUGUACGGUGGUGCCCCUGCAGACACCUUGGAGCACCCUGUGUCCAGCCAUGAGCAGCCCCCCAGCUUACCCUGGCAUCAGGAUCUCGGGGUGCUGGGCCCUUGGAGCGGAAGGCAGCAAUGCUGAUGCCCUGGACCGGCUCCUCCCGCCCGUGGGCACCGGGCGCUCACCGCGAAAGCGCACCACCAGCCAGUGCAAGUCUGAGCCGCCCCUGCUGCGCACCAGCAAACGCACCAUCUACACUGCGGGGCGGCCGCCCUGGUACAAUGAGCACGGCACGCAGUCCAAGGAGGCCUUCGCCAUCGGCCUGGGUGGCGGCAGUGCCUCGGGGAAGACCACCGUGGCCAGGAUGAUCAUCGAGGCGCUGGAUGUGCCCUGGGUGGUCCUGCUCUCCAUGGACUCCUUCUACAAGGUGCUCACCCGGCAGCAGCAGGAGCAGGCCGCCCUCAACAACUACAACUUCGACCACCCGGACGCCUUCGACUUCGACCUCAUCGUGUCCACGCUCCAGAAGCUGAAGCAGGGCAAGAGCGUGAAGGUGCCCGUGUACGACUUCACCACCCACAGCCGCAAGAAAGACUGGAAGACGCUGUACGGCGCCAACGUCAUCAUCUUCGAGGGGAUCAUGGCCUUUGCGGACAAGGCGCUAUUGGAGCUCCUAGACAUGAAGGUCUUUGUGGACACCGACUCCGACAUCCGCCUCGUGCGGCGGCUGCGCCGGGACAUCAGCGAGCGGGGCCGCGACAUCGCCGGUGUCAUCAAGCAGUACAACAAGUUCGUCAAGCCGGCCUUCGACCAGUACAUCCAGCCCACCAUGCGCUUGGCGGACAUCGUGGUGCCCCGAGGGAGCGGGAAUGCCGUGGCCAUCGACCUGAUCGUCCAGCAUGUGCACAGCCAGCUGGAGGAGAGGAAGCUGCGCUGGGAUAUGGCCGCGCUGGCCUCGGCGCACCAGUGCCACCCCCUGCCGCGGACUCUGAGCGUCCUCAAGAGCACGCCGCAGGUGCGGGGCAUGCACACCAUCAUCAGGGACAAGGAGACCAGCCGGGACGAGUUCAUCUUCUACUCCAAGAGGCUGAUGCGGCUGCUCAUUGAGCACGCGCUGUCCUUCCUGCCCUUCCAGGACUGCGUCGUACAGACCCCGCAGGGGCAGGACUACGCGGGCAAAUGCUACGCGGGGAAGCAGAUCACGGGCGUGUCCAUCCUGCGUGCGGGGGAGACCAUGGAGCCGGCGCUGCGGGCCGUGUGCAAGGACGUGCGCAUCGGCACCAUCCUCAUCCAGACCAACCAGCUCACCGGGGAGCCCGAGCUUCACUACCUGCGGCUGCCCAAGGACAUCAGCGACGACCACGUGAUCCUCAUGGACUGCACCGUGUCCACGGGCGCCGCGGCCAUGAUGGCGGUGCGCGUGCUCCUGGACCACGACGUGCCCGAGGACAAGAUCUUCCUGCUGUCGCUGCUCAUGGCGGAAAUGGGUGUUCACUCGGUGGCCUACGCAUUCCCACGCGUGAGAAUCAUCACCACGGCAGUGGACAAGCGUGUCAACGACCUGUUCCGCAUCAUCCCGGGCAUCGGGAACUUCGGUGACCGCUACUUCGGGACCGACGCUGCCCCGGACGGCAGCGACGAGGAGGAAGCGGCCUCCAUGAGUUAGGAGCCGCCCCUGCCACCCCACCAGCCUCCUGCCUCCUGGCCCCUGCUGACAGAAUACAGACAGUAACUUCUUCGAUACAUGUUAUAAAAUAAAAGUUUUAUUCCUGGCCGGUUUUGC